UACUGUGGCCCCCAAAUGGAUCCAAUAACCAAGCGAAACAUCAUCACUUGCAACCCUACUGUCUGCAACACAAACUGCUCCAAAGGUUAUAAAUAUCAGACUGCAGCUGACAAAUGCUGCGGUACUUGUGUUCAGCAGAGCUGUAUUUUCACCACACCUGAAAACACAACGUAUUUCAUUGAGGUCAACAACACAUUUGUACCACCUAAUGACAAGUGUAAGCAAUAUACAUGUGAGAACAUCAAUGGACAGCUUGUUACCAAGGAGACCACGACCAAAUGUGAUCCCAUAAACCCCUUGGACUGUGAACCUGGUACCAAGACAACAGAGGCUAACGGAUGCUGCACCACCUGCAAGCUGCGGAGCAUCUGUAAGGUCCAGAGUAAGCAGACCGUCAUCGAGGUGAACGACUGCAAAAGCAGGCAGCCAGUCAACAUGACGUCCUGUGCUGGACACUGUGGAAGCUCGUCCAUAUAUUCUGCAGCAGCUAACAUGAUGAUGCACCAGUGUGAGUGUUGCCAAGAGGCCACCACCAGUCAGAAGCAGGUGGAGCUGACCUGCGCCAACGGCUCCAAGGUCAAGCACAACUACAUCGUGGUGGAGACAUGCCACUGCAGCAAAGCACAGUGUGUGGAGGGGGUAACGUCCAAACCACAGCGCCGCAGGAGACGCUGAUCAUACUGCUUUA